AUGGCUGCUCCUACGGGUACUUCAUCCUUCAAGGUCGACGGCAAGACUGCUAUCAUCACGGGUGCUGGAUCAGGCAUCAACUACUGCUUUGCUAAGCUACUCCUCUCCCGCAACUGCAAUGUCCUUAUUGCCGAUCUGGCCCUUCGUCCUGAAGCUCAGAGGCUAGUGGACGAAUACACAGGCAAGGACGGCAAGCCUCGAGCGGUCUUCGUCAAGACCAAUGUCACGCUCUGGCCCGAUCUCUCGAACAUGUUCGAUCAAGCGGACAAGGAAUUUGGCGGAGCAGAUAUUGUCUGCCCCGGCGCCGGUGUCUUCGAGCCGCCAUUUUCGAACUUCUGGAUCCCACCCGGUGAUCCAAAGUCCAAAGAUGAUCCAUCAGGAGAGAAGGGAUCUGGGUUGGGACACUACGGCCUUCUCGACAUCAACGUUACCCAUCCCAUCCGGACGUCUCAGCUUGCGAUAUCUCGCUGGCUGAAUCCACCGAAAGACAGCAAAGUCGGCAAGGCCAGCCCUAUGAACCCCAAAAGGUUGGUCCACAUUAGCUCUAUCGCCGGCCAGAUGCCAGGGUUCCCAAUACCUCUCUACAUCGCGAGCAAGCACGCUGUAUCCGGGUUCGUACGCAGUCUCGGUCCAUUAGAGGAGUCCCUCGGAAUCCGCGUCAAUGGCGUCGCUCCCGGCAUCAUCAAGACUCCGCUGUUCACAGAUAAUCCGGAGAAGCUAAAAUUGUUUGACGAAGCUUCGGACACUUGGGUAAUGCCGGAGGAAGUAGCAGAGCAGAUGCUUCGUUGUUGCGAAGCUAGCGACGUCACUGGUGGAUGGAUCCUCGAAGUGUUGAAGGAUAAGUACCGGAAUGUUGAGUGGCAGAAUGCGCCUGGUCCCGAGGGCACUGGAUCUACCGUCAGCAAUACUGCGGAGAUGGGCAGGGAUGUCUUUGAUUGGUUGGCAAUGCCAGGCUGGGGCACUGUGCAGAAGUAG